GGCACCAGCUUCCUUUUGCAUUUGGGACAAAAGGAAAAUCUUCCCAAGGGUAUAAAUUUGAGAACUUCCUUCUAGUUCACAUUUCAGACAAGGGUGUGCUCAAUCGACGCCCUGGCAUCCAUGAUCAGAGUGAACGGGCAGAGUCCGGGAGACACAGGGACAGAGCACUUUCCCAACUGGACCAAACCCCUGGAUUCCAAUGCCAGCAGACAGUCAUGAUGGAAACGGAAUCUCCAAAGAGUCCAGGCAAACAAUUUACAUCUUAUUAUGAAAAUGAAGUCUAUAAACAAGAUUACUUUAUUAAGUCACCACCUCCUCAGCUUUUCUUCUCCACAGCUUUUUGGAAAAGGCGGUUUUUUAUUCUGUCAAAGAAUGGGGAAAAGAAACUUACUCUUUGCUACUACAGAGACCAUCAUCGCCGAGGUUCCAUUGAAAUCGAUCGAAAUUCCAGCGUAGAAAUUGGUAUAAAGAACCCAGAAAAGAUGCAAUCUGUGCAGAAGAUGUUUAAAUGCCAACCUGAUCAAGUGAUGUCCAUCAGUACCACUAACAGGGAUUAUUUCCUCAUUAAUGAAGACAGGGAGAAGAUUAAAGACUGGGUCUCCUUCUUGUCAUCGUUUUUCCAGGGUAUAAAAGCAGCUCAUCAGAAUACCAAGGAUGUUCCAUGCUCACAGCAAAAGCAAAGCCAAGAAGGAGGAAAAAGGAAGGAGAGAGACCGUUUGGUUGGUAAAUGGCCCAUUUCUGAGCUCAGCUUUUUUUCUGGUCCUCCAAGCACAUUGGACGUUGUCACCUCCACCUCACCAAGUACCAGUCUUCCCGACAUGCAUUUAAUGGAAAAAAGUACCCCAGGAUACAGGCAAGCUCAUCUUCCACAUCUUCACUUGCCAGAAACCACCGAAGACACAGAAAAAUGGAAUGGUUAUCUUUCUCCUCGCAGUGUUCUUUCAGAGCUGGACAAUGUUUUUGAUUCCAAUGACUUUGGUAAACCUGGUUGUCCAGAUGGGGUCGUCAAGGAAACUGAGAGCCAUUAUAUGACAAUGAAAUCCUUAUUUUUCAAAGAGACAACCAGUGCAUCUACUGAUGGUCAGAGGGAACCCCAGACCUUUCCAGAGAUCCAGGCUGGGAGGCCUCACCAGCAAGAUGAAGACUCAGGAAGUGAUUCCUGCCUUUCACCUGCCAAUACAGAAGCACAAACUGCAAAUGACAAACUGGGUAACAACUCUGAUGAAAGCCACAUGGAGACCUUGAACAUUUUCCUUUCUGCUCCUGAUAUCAUAAACUAUCUUGCUGUCAUAGAAGCUGCAGGACGGAUAUGUGUGGCUCAGUGGCAAGGCCCCCCACACCUGGGAUGCUUAUUUUGCCAUGGAGAUCAUAUCUUGGCUGUGAAUGGCAUGAAGCCCCAUGACCUGGGAGAGGUGUCCCUGUUUCUCACCCGGUCUAUACAGAAGAAGAGAGUAAAACUCACCAUAGGCCGGAUCCAAAAUUCAGAGAAAUUCCAUGUUACACCCUGUACAUGCACCUUAAAAAACCAAGGGACUGCCCCUGGUCUACAGGAUACAUCUAAACUGAAGAGGAAUGUGGCAGUUAAGAAGGACCAGCAGAAAGGAGAUGGAAAGUAGCCUGCUGUGGACCCACUGCAGCAGGGGGAUGGAGCCUUGGCAGGCCCUGGGCUCUGCUACAUGCAGCCCUGUGAUACAAGACAAGCUCACACACCUCUCUAAAUCACCAUAUCUGCAUUUUAGCAAUGGGACUGACUAUCCUCUCUCUGGGUAUCGCAUCAGGGAUGCUGAGAAGGUCAGGUGGUUUAAGGAGGAGGGAUCACAGUGAAGAUGGAAGGCCAUAUUAUCUGAGACCUUGUCCCAAACAGUGCAGAGACAGAUUGGGCAGGUCCUUCAUCUAAUUAAUACCCACUGUAUAUUCUGUGAGGUCAUGGUCCACAU